GACAUUGAGGACGUGGGAGGGGUAGAGGGUUCGAGCAAGGAGAUGCUGAGCCCGAGCAUGCGAAGUUCGCUAGAGAAGCAGGGGUACAAGGUCGUCGGCUCACACAGCGGGGUCAAGCUGUGCAGGUGGACAAAGUCGAUGCUGAGAGGAAGGGGGGGAUGCUACAAGCACACGUUCUAUGGCAUCGAGAGCCAUCGAUGCAUGGAAGCGACUCCUUCCCUUGCGUGCGCAAACAAAUGCGUUGGUACUUCUUGGAUGUGGGACAUGAACGAACCGGAGGACAUCCUGGAAGGAUGCUUCAAGGGACACUACGACUCCAUUCGAAGUGUCUCGCGGGUUCCUGGUGUUCUCGCUCCUCGCCUUGCUGAGGCCUUCGCUGUUCGCCAUUGCGCUCUGUCCCUCGUCGGCGAGCCCAUCAUGUACCCCAAGAUCAACCGGUUCGUGUCGCUCUUACAUCACAACGGGAUCUCAACCUACCUGGUCACCAACGCGCAGUGUGUGGUAACAUCUUCAUUCCAGCUUUACGUCUCCAUCGAUGCCGCGAACCCGGAGACCCUCACCAAGAUUGACAGGCCUCUGUUCGAGGACAGCUGGAGCCGGCUAGCUCAGUCGCUAAGAGCUCUCAAGGACAAAGACUGUAGGACAGUCUACCGUCUUACCCUAGUGAAGGACAAGAAUGUUGACGACGUUGCAAACUACGCGAAGCUGGUCGCCCUUGGGAGGCCGCACUUCAUCGAGAUCAAGGGCGUCACCUAUUGUGGUACCUCAAAGGCAUCGGAGAUCACCAUGGAAAGCGUUCCUCUCCACUCAGAGGUGGUUCAGUUUGCGAGGGAACUUGUCGAGGCGAUCAGGGCCGAACCUUCGGUGGAGGAUGAAUAUGAUAUCGCUAGCGAGCACGAGCACUCUUGCUGCAUCCUGAUCGCAUCGCGUCGUUACCUGAUAGGACAGCAAUGGCACACCCACAUCGACUACGACAAGUUCAUCACGGCAUGGAGGAGAUGGCUGGAAACGAAGGAGCUCGAUGUGAUGUCUUACAUAGCGCCAACUCCGCCAUGGGCGGUGUUUGGAGCGGAAGAA